AUGGGUGAUUUUCAUGUUAUUUAAUCAAACAUCAUUAGCGUCAUAACAGUAUUAAUUGCGUGGAGCUGCUGACACCUGCGGGAUAAACGUGGAGGAUGUGAUGCUGUCUGGACUCUGAGCAGGAAUUAUUUAAUUUCUGUUGAUAAAAGGAUUCCACCAUGUCCGACCAGGUUCAGACCACCUCCGACAGUCUGUGUAAACUCGUCCGUUGGGCUCACAGCCACGGCACCAUCUGCAACCUCAUCCCCAGCCUGCAGCACCCCACCACCGGUUCUUACCGCAGUGUGCCGGCCCCAGAACCCGGUCACCACGGCAGCGGCAUCCCUGUCGCUGUGUGGGGCUGCAGCGCGGGACACGCCUACCACUGGCCCCUCAGUGACCAUGGCAACGGCUCUGGAGGCUCAGCGAAUACCGGCAAGGGCCAGGAGAGGUUUGUUGGAGGGCGCCCAUCCAAUAAGGUGACAGUGAGGGCGUCAUGUGACCUCUCCUGUAGCGAAGCAGCAUCAGAGGGGGAGGAGUUCAGCAGCCGGCUGUUUGACAUCGCUGGAUGCGACUCCUCGGCCACUGACGACGAUGACGACUACGAGCCCCACCCACCGAGGAAAAGAGGCGGGGCACCAGGAGGAACGGUCGCCGGGAAGAAGGUCAAGCAGGAAGAAACGUCAGCAGAGGAUUUUAACAUAGCAGUGACAGACGCUGUGUCGCUGGCUUGUCAGGCCACACCAGACACACACUGUGAAAUCGCACACACACUGUUGCCCAGCAAGCCCCUCCCACCCAGCUCUCAGCAUGUGCAUGGACAGGUAGUAGGUGAUGAGGGGUCAGUGGACCCAGAGCCGGAGCUGCUUGGAGGACGCAGCUGCACGACAGGGACCACGGAACACAGCAAAAGAUGCAGCUCUGCCACCGAGACCACGGGGAAGACCGCAGUGGGGCUCAACGCGAUGACGAGGCUGCGAGAGCUUCUGUGUGCAGAACGCAGCCGCAACCAGAAGAUGACAGAGAUGAUCUCCAGUCUGAAGCAGGACAAAGAGCUGCUGCAGCAUGAACUCGCCGCAAAAGCCGCGCUCAUCUGCGACUUCCUGCAGGACAAACUGCGGCCAGAGAGGAGGUUGCAUCGUCGUUCUAAUCAGAUGGAACCAGGAAGUUCAAACAUGACCUCUCCUGAUGACGUGGCAGGGUCUGAUUCAGCGACACUGUUUGACUCAUUUGAAGAAAUGGACCUUCACCCUCUGGAGUGCCACCGGAUCCAGAAGAGCAAGAGGAGCCGAGAUGGAGAAAACACCCGAGUCAGGAUGAAAAACGUGGUGGGUGUGAUAGCGCGCUACAUGGCAGCCCUACAAGAGUUUCGCCGCAGUGUUUCCAUGAAGGUGGCCUUUGACCGGGUCGGCGUGGACCGCAACACCAUCUCCCGUACGGCGGCCAUAGCUGAGCUCAGCCUGGCCGCUCCGGAGGUGUUUCACGCACUGGCACCAUGGGAUGAGAAGGAGGAGACGCUGGCACAUUAUGCCCUCCGCUGCAGACAGGCGAUGGACGACAACAUCAAAGCCAAGAUCAAGACGAUGAAGGCAAAGGGCGAACUGCUGCCCAUUGUGUCCAAGUGAUGGACACAGAUAGAUGCACACUUCUCUCUAUGUUGUGGAAUUUCAGCUCGCUUGAACAUUCAAGAGAGAUGAAGAAGACUCAGUUUGUCGCGCUAAGUUUGUAAAGGCCAUGAGAGAUAGAAACUCACAGAGCAGAUGUCACUAUGCCCUGAUCCAUACCUUAUCGGGCCUAACAUUCAUACAGGGUACGUAUGACAUCAUAUCUGAUGAGGUCAGAAUGUUCUGGACCUCAGGUAUUUCUCCUACACUCCACAUAUGUAAAGAAAGUUCAGCACAAACAGAAAACACGUUCUUCCUCUACCAUCCGAGUCCACGGUGCUCAACAGCUUAUCCCAGGAACAACAUUGCACGGUUGUUGCCAUUGUUUACAGCCUAAUGUACUUCUGAUGAUUAUGUGGCUGCAUCACAGAUACACAUAUCUGCAACUGUAGUUAUAGAAAUAAGUCUCUCUGCCACCUGUCUGUUGCAUUUCUCCUUGUAUGUAUGUGAAACAUCCGUGCAAUAUUGUGGUGCGUUUUUUUUAAAUUCUCCUCUGACCAAAACUUUUUAUGACAAUUUGAUGCUGCAAUCAUGGCAGCUCAGAAUUAAUCAUAAUCAGAUCUCACCCUUUAAAAAACAUGUGGCCCUUUGCUGUAUGUCAUCCCCUCGCUAUAAAAACAAUUAAACAAUGACUAUUUGGUUUAUUCUUUGUUAUUUUUGGCUCUUCCUUUGAUGUUCCUAGGCUGAUAAAUAAUCGACUUUUCUGUGUUCAAACUUCUGUGGCUUGAAGUUUUUUUUCAUUUUCUGUACACAGCCAAGUUUAUUCUGUUACAUAGGAUAUUUUGUGUUGCAGACCACUAAUACUACAUUGUUACCAUAAACCACUGAAAACCAUGAGAA